AUGGCCCCGGAGGCUCCGGACCCGCAGAGCCUGAAGUCAUGGCACGAUGCCUUCCAGUAUCCAAUUCCCACGGUCCGCCGUGUGGAACAGGAACUGCGACGCGAUAUCGCAAGCAAUAAGGAGAAGCUCCGAGCUCUCGUGGGUACGAGAUACCGAGAGCUGGUUGGAACUGCCGAGACAAUUGUGGCCAUGAACCAGGAGAUACAGGACGCGGAAUCCAUUCUGAACGAUGUUGGACGGCGUUGCAACCCUCGGCUGGUGGAAAAGAAGCAUCUUCAUGCUCGUCAGAUCAAGAGCGAUGCGGCGGAGAAAUACGCAGAGAAGCAUGCCUUUGGCGCGCAACUUGCUCUUCUUCAUCGAUGUACAACCGGCAUCGCGAAGCUCCUGAGGCGACGCGCUUCCUUUUUACUGCUCGCCAAGAUUCUCGUUGUUUCCCGGCUGCUCCACAAGACCCUCUCCCAGCAUCAGUCGCCGCCUCCGUUCCUUGAUGACUUGCGCAACCAACUCGCGUCACUUCGACAGACACUUCUGAAGCGCAUUGACAAACGACUUGCCUCGGCAACUGCGGCGGAAAAUACCAUUAUUGAGUCACUGGCUGCUUACUGUCUGGCAACGAGCUCCUCGUCCGACGAUGCUAUUCAUCACUUCAACCAAGUGCGCCUGGGUGUCAUUGUGAAUCAGUUGGAGUUGUCGCGAGAGAAUGUCCCGAAGGCUUUGAGACUCUUCACCCGGACAUUGCAGAUUUCCAAGGUCUUGCGAUCACGACAAUUUUCCGAUGUUCUCUCCAAGCUUAAAGCCCAGCCCGUCCUCAGUGACCCAGAGAUUCAGACGUUGGAUGGGCUGGAGAUUCAGGUGCUUGGGCGUUGGGUGGCCCCUGAAGUCAAAAAUUUCACGCCAUGGAUCAAACUGAGCGAGCUAUCCAGACCUCAAGGCGUGGAGGCGAUUAAAGAGUGGUCCCUUCAAGCCUUCGAUGUGUUCUCCGAAGGCUGUCAAAAGAGCCUCGCCCAGAGUACUGAUGUCCCUGAGCUCCUCUCCCUGCGUCAAGAAACCCUGGAGCUAUGGCUUUCCUCCUGGGGCUCGACAAUAACCCACGGCUCUGCAGAUAUCUUUGAGCGCCUUCGAGGUAUUUUCAACGACCAGCUAAAACGAGUCCUGACCUUGCAGGCACAGAAAGUCGACCGAGUUGGAGACCAGGUUUCAUCUCUUGUCUCAGAAUGGCAGAAUACAACACACGCUUCGGUUGGAUCACUCUGGGAUGCCGACAUCACGGCGGCAGAAUAUUCAAAUGGUGCCUCGGCAUUCAAACAGACGGUGGCUGACCGACUCCUUGGCCGCAAUGAUGAUGUGACUACAGUACUCAAGAAGUAUAAAUCUUGGCUCGCAUCGAUCCAGGACGCUACUGCGUCUAUUGAAUCUCUGCGUCGUAUCAAAUGGUCGGAUAUUCUUGUCGGGAGUGAAGUGGGCGACGAGGAUGUCGACCUCACGUCCCGACUCAACGAAGAUGACCCUACACUUCUAUCGAAAGCCCUCCACUCUGCUGCCCAGGAGGCCUUCCAGUCCCUGCAGACCUCAUUUAACAGGGCGUUUAAGGCGUUUGGAUCGACCCAUGCCAGUGAGAAAGCCGUCUUCUUGCUCCGCCUGAUUCGCCUCGUUCGUCGAGACAUUCCUACCGGCUUCUUGAACGCAGACUUUAGCUUCUCAAGUACCAUCGUCCCCGAACUGCAGAAGCUGUUGGCGACGGAAGUCGUCGCCCAGGCUGGCUCUUUGAAGUUUAUUCCGUCUUCCAAGGUCCAUCCACAAACGGGCAAUCUCAAGAUUGUGCCUGGCCGCUCACUCUGGGAAAGCGACCCCAUCACUCCGGUGCAACCAUCACCGUUAACUUUCAAAUUCUUGCGUCGGCUGACGGCCACGAUGGAUCAAUGUGGACUGGAUCUGUGGGAUCCUUCCACUGUUCAGGCUCUCAAAGGAGCGCUGAAAGAACAAGUGGAGGCUGCUAUCGCUUCUGCACUGGAGGACCUGGAAGCUCCUCUUCCAAAUAAGGACGCUGCAAGUUCCAAGUCCACCAAGAACCAGUCGGCCGAGAAUGGUGCACAGGAUGCGAAGACAGAGACAAGCCCUGAUUCUGAGAAGCCCGAAUCCACCAAGAAUGGUGCAUCGGACGCUGAGAAGGAUAAUGAGACCAAUCCUGAAAACCAACAACAGGCCGAAGAUGAUUCAUCUGAUGCCCAGACGGAGACUGAAGCCGAUCCCGAGAAGCCCAAACCUGCUGAGAACGACACCUCGGAUGCCCAAGCGGAGAACAAGGCCGACCCUGAGAAGUCCGAGCCACCCAAGGGCAAUGAUUCAUCGCAGGCGGAAGUCUUGCGCGACUGGAAGGUACAGCUGCUCUUCGACUCCGUCUACCUGGCGAAGAUGCUGGGCCAACGACAUGAGCUGCCUGGCGUUCAGCGCAUCAAAACCAGUGCGAGCCCUAGCAAAGAGACUACCGAGGCAAUAAACCGCAUCGCUCUGGAUUAUUGGAAGCGCACGGAGUUGCUGUUUGGGCUUUUGGCGGAGCGUUAG